UGCCGAGUUGACAACUGGAUUUUCAUCGGCUUAUACUUUCCAUUUAAAACCACAACUCAUUUGGAUUACUAGCAUGUGAUGUGUACGGAGUAAAUUUGGAUACAAUAACCAAGGAAAUAAUGUCUUUGCUUUGCGUGUGCGUUAAAAAAGCAAGACUAAAUAGUGCACAAGCGGCAGACUUGGCUGGUGGGGGCAGAACGCCCCAGCAAGACAAAUUCCACACAUACACGACAUUAAAGCUACAGAAUGUCAAAUCGACAACGAUUGCCGUCAAAGGGAACAGCCCAAGCUGGGAGCAGGACUUCAUGUUUGAAACCAUGCGGCUGGAUUCUGGAUUACAGGUGGAACUGUGGAAUAAGGGCAUGCUAUGGGACAAAUUACUGGGCACACAUUGGUUGCCGCUCAUGGGCAUACACCAUUCGAACCAGGAGGGUGAGGGAAAAUGGUUAUCGUUGGACAGCGAGUUGAUCAUGCGCAAUGGUGACAUCAUCGGCACGCAAGCCCCGACCGGCCACAGUGUCCUCAUCGAUGCAAGAUUCGAGCUACCUUAUGAUCUUCCAGAGGCAGAAGCGGCGGAACUCCAAAGCAAACUUGAACGGCUCAACGACAUCAUGGAACAGGAGAUUAUGCAGAUUAAAGAACAGCACAGGCGGGCUACAUAUUCCCAAUGUAUGUCCGAAGACAGCGACUACACGUCUGACGUCAACUUUCCCCUCCACCACCAACACAACAGCUCAGCUCACCAGUUCCCGCGCAGCGAACAUCCAUAUCGCCAAAAACGCGAAGACAGCCGCGAGAGUCAAGACGGUUACCGGUACGAAAGGUCCUCAUUUGAUCGCGGCACGUCUUUCGAUCGCGGUUAUGACAGGGGAGGAGGGUGCAAUGAACGGGGGUAUGAGAGGGACGGCGAUUAUUACCAAGACAGUCCAUAUCAUCAACAACGAAGUGACACUGACUCGGAGCCAUUGUAUUAUAACAGUCGACCCAACAGUAGACCACAGUCUUUCAUGGUGGAUAGUUACUACCCCGGAAGGUGGGACGAGGGGCAUCAGAUUCCACUCGGGAGUCGGAUAUCAUCAUUACAUAACAUGAGUCGGCAGAGUACUCAAGACUAUAGCCCUUUAGGCAGCAUAGCUUCGUCCGUGAAUAUGAGUCGGCAGAGCACGCAGGACUACAGCGACGGUCCGAUUAACAGAGACUUUAACGGUGACCAAUUACAGGACUUUGAUACUCCCAACUAUGAAAAUAUGCCAGGCUAUCCGGAAGACUUGCGGAAUUACGGUGGCGUGCCAGGUUAUGACGAUCCAUACAACGAAGGUAUACGGGACUAUCAUGACGGGCCAAUUCGAGAUGCUUACGGGUAUCCCUUACAAGACUAUGCCGAGGGAGAAUACGGUGAGGGGUCUUUGCGAGGGUCUAUACCGGACUAUGAAGUAGGGUCAAUACGGGGCUAUAGUGACUUGCGGUAUAAUAAUAGUGAACCAUUACAUGAAUAUGGUGACCAGCCACCCUCUCCUCACAUGGAGUACUCCGACAAUGUUAUGUUAGACAUCUACGAGCGAGCAACAGACUUUGACGUUCCCUCCCCAGCCAGGAUCCGAUGGAUUGAAGCAUUCAACAAAGUGCGGGCACAGCUCAGCGAGGAACGACUGGCCUAUGACAAAGCCUCACUUCUCGAGAAUGGUGACGUAGUGGGUGACCUCCCGGAGGACGGGAGGGACAAGUACUCCUGGUCCAGUCAUGCCAACGGAGGUCUGAAAAUUGGCAACAGGGCAACAGUCAAAGGCAUAGCCAGCUAUUGGGCGCUGCUGAAAAACCCCCCUGAGCACAAUCCGUUUUACACGAGCAUAGACAGUAUGCCCGAGAUUAAGCCGAGGCGGAAGUCUAUUCCGCUGGUCAGCGACCUGACCAUGGCUGCGUCCAAGCGUAAUGCCGGUGUCCCCUCAGCGAUGGUGGCCAGGCAGUCCUUAAAUGAUGAGGAAUUGAAAAUGCAUGUGUACAAAAAGACUCUCCAGGCUCUUAUCUAUCCAAUAUCAAGUACCACACCCCACAACUUUGUGAUAUGGACAGCAACCUCUCCGACAUACUGCUUCGAGUGUGAGGGUCUGCUGUGGGGUCUGGCAAGGCAGGGAGUGCGCUGUACCGAGUGCGGUGUGAAGUGUCACGAAAAGUGUAAAGAUCUCUUGAAUGCUGACUGCUUACAGAGGGCUGCUGAGAAAAGCUCAAAGCAUGGUGCCGAGGAUAAAACUCACAAUAUCAUUAUGGCUAUGAAGGACCGAAUGAAGAUCCGAGAGAGAAACAAACCGGAAAUAUUCGAAUUGAUCAGGCAAGUUUUUAGCGUGGACAAAAAACAGCACUCCGGCAAUAUGAAAUCAGUUAAACAAAGUGUCCUCGAUGGAACGUCGAAGUGGUCAGCUAAGUUGGCCAUAACAGUCAUCUGUGCCCAGGGUUUAAUCGGGAAGGACAAGACGGGAACUAGCGACCCGUAUGUGACAGUCCAGGUCGGCAAGACCAAGAAAAGGACCAAGACGGUGCCACAGGACCUCAAUCCUGUCUGGAAUGAAAAGUUUUAUUUUGAAUGCCAUAACUCCUCCGAUCGUAUCAAAGUCAGAGUGUGGGAUGAAGACAAUGAUUUUAAAGCGAAGUUAAGGCAAAGGUUAACACGAGAGUCUGACGAUUUUCUUGGACAGACGAUAAUUGAAGUACGCACCCUUAGUGGUGAAAUGGAUGUUUGGUACAACUUAGAAAAAAGGACGGACAAGUCGGCCGUGUCUGGUGCUAUUCGUCUCCACAUUAGUGUCGAAAUCAAAGGCGAGGAAAAAGUGGCCCCCUACCAUGUCCAAUAUACUUGUCUUCAUGAGAAUUUGUUCCAUUACCUCUGUGAGCAAGCAGGAGGUCAGGUGAAGUUGCCCGACGCCAAGGGGGAUGAAGGGUGGAAAGUGUACUUUGAAGAACCAGCUCAAGAGAUUGUGGACGAGUUUGCCAUGAGAUACGGCAUUGAAUCCAUUUAUCAAGCCAUGACGCAUUUCUCUUGUUUGUCCACUAAGUACAUGUCCCCCGGGGUGCCUGCAGUGAUGAGUACCCUCCUAGCCAAUAUCAACGCCUUCUAUGCACACACUACUGCCUCGACUGCGGUGUCAGCAAGUGACCGAUUUGCUGCAUCAAAUUUUGGGAAAGAGAAAUUCGUGAAAUUGUUGGAUCAGCUACACAACUCACUUCGAAUCGAUCUUUCUGUCUACCGGAAUACAUUCCCAGCAUCUGAUCCCGCUCGGUUACAGGAUCUCAAGUCAACAGUCGAUCUUCUCACUAGCAUUACAUUCUUUAGGAUGAAAGUUCAGGAGUUAUCUCAACCACCAAGGGCAAGCACCGUCGUAAAAGACUGCGUCAAAGCCUGUAUGAAGUCCACGUAUCAGUUCUUGUUUGACAAUUGCUAUGAACUCUAUCAGAGAGAAUUCCAAACCGAUCCAAAUGAAACGCCUCACCCCGACCAAAUGGAGGGGCCGAACAUGAGGAGUUUGGACUUUUGGCACAAGUUGAUUGCGUUGAUUGUCUCGGUGGUCGAAGAGGAUAAGAAUAGUUACACUCCAGUAUUAAAUCAAUUUCCCCAAGAAUUAAAUGUAGGCCAAGUGAGUGCCUCAUCACUGUGGAACCUGUUCUCGCAAGACAUGAGCUACGCGCUUCAAGAACACGAAAAGGAACGAUUAUGCAAAAGUUCAGAGUACAUGAAUCUACAUUUCAAAAUCAAGUGGCUCUACAAUAAAUAUAUUAACGACGUUCCUCCUUACAAGGAAACGGUGCCGGAAUACCCUAGGUGGUUUGAGCCAUUUGUGAUGCAGUGGCUGAACGAGAAUGACGAUGUCUCAAUGGAAUAUUUACAUGGUGCUUAUGAUCGCGACAAGAAGGAUGGGUUCCAGAAGAGUUCUGAGCAUGCCCUGUUCUCCACGUCCGUCGUUGAUGUCUUCACACAGCUGAACCAGUGUUUUGAUGUCAUCAAGAAACUCGAAUGUCCCGAUCCAGAGAUUAUGGAUAACUUCCUCAAGAGAUUUGCAAAGACGGUCAAUAAAGUAUUACUCGCGUACGCAGACAUUGUGUCUAGAGACUUUGACAAGUACACGGGGCGGCAAAAAGUGGCUUGCAUCUUGAUGAACAACAUCCAGCAACUGCGAGUUCAGUUGGAGAAGGUGUUCGAGGCAAUGGGUGGAGAGAAGCUGGUACCAGAAGCUGCUGAUAUACUCAAGGAGUUGCAACAGAAACUCAAUGGCGUUCUCGACGAACUCAGUAUGAUCUUUGCAAAAAGUUUGGAGCCUCAGAUCCAGCAAAGCGUACAGGAGUUGGCCAAUCUGUUAUCGAAAGUCAAAGGUGCUGGACAGGUGUCGUUAUCGCAGCCUAGUCAACGGAAUAACAUCCAGCAGGAAUCGGAUAUGAUCCUGCGACCACUAAUGGAUCUUCUUGAUGGAAGUUUGUCAAUGUUUGCCCAAGUGUGCGAGAAGACCGUGCUGAAGCGAUUAUUGAAGGAGUUAUGGAAGAUUGUGAUGCACACGAUGGAAAAGACAGUGGUGCUGCCACCUUUAUCAGAUCCACGACAAUUGCUGCCUUUGCCAGGAAAUGCUCAAGCCAAGAUCGAGGACAUGUCUCGGUUAUUCCUGAACCAUGACAUGUCGAAAGAAGCGGAGAAGAACUUGUCACCAAAACAGUGCGCUGUGUUAGAUAUGGCCUUAGACACAAUCAAGCAAUACUAUCACGCCGGCGGACAAGGCCUUAAGAAGACGUUUCUCGACAAGAGCGCCGAGUUACAGAGUUUGCGAUACGCCCUGUCGCUGUAUACACAGACCACCGAUACUCUCAUCAAGACAUUCGUUAAUACUCAAAACGCUCAGGGUAAGGAUGAUCGUAUUUCAGACCAGCCAAGCGGAGAAGAGAACGUCGGUGAGGUGUCCAUACAGGUGGACCUUUUUACUCAUCCUGGGACAGGGGAGCAUAAAGUUACAGUCAAAGUUGUCGCAGCGAAUGACCUCCGGUGGCAGACGACGGGCAUGUUUCGGCCGUUCAUCGAGGUCAACAUGAUUGGUCCACAUCUGAGCGACAAGAAACGGAAAAACUCCACCAAAUCCAAGAGUAAUAACUGGUCGCCUAAGUUCAAUGAAACAUUCCACUUUAUCCUUGGGAACGAAGAUGACCCUGAUGCAUACGAACUUCACAUUUGUGCCAAAGACUACUGCUUUGCGCGGGAGGACCGCCUCAUCGGAAUCGCGAUCAUGCAACUCCGCGAUAUUCGAGAACAAGGAUCAUGUGCCUGCUGGUGCUCCCUGGGAAGGCGAGUACAUCUCGAUGAAACGGGUUGGACGAUAUUGCGCAUACUGUCCCAGCGGACAAAUGACGAAGUCGCAAAGGAAUUUGUAAAGUUAAAGUCCGAGUGCCGCCACGUCGAAGAGGUCGUUAGCUGAGUUAAUGAUACGUAGGGGGCGCUUGACUUCAUCUUUCCGUAUGCAACUUCUUGGUAGAUAUUUUCAAAAUAGAGGAACACGACGACGGAACAAUAACUGUGUUAUCGAGGACGGAGAUGUCAAUACUUGCAUGCCUUAACUGUAUACGAAAUUUACCUCAGUCCAAGACACGCGUAAGGUCAAAGGUCAGGAUGCCACGACGUGGAAUGACCGGUGACGCCUCGUGUGUCUGUGUUUGUAUUUUUAUCUCAACUGGUGCCUUGACAAUACUGGGAUGGACUACAGCUGGGACUCAUGUAGAUUUCUCAUCGAAUACCCUGUACAUAAACUCGAUGUAGUGCAGUUAGUGAUUCUUCUGUUAGGCGAAUAAAGUGCAAGUGUUCUUCUGUUCGGUUUUCUAUGUUUACACUGUUUGUAAUAUAGUUUCCUUGUAAUAUAAUGAAGAUAUCGAUGUCACUGUUGCAAGUUAUGUGAUGCAUGUUUUCCAGGUGUUUCUGCCCAUUUUGUGAUACUAAUUCAUGGUGAGAAUGAUAAAGUUUGAAGGGACCAUGUUCUGUUGUCACGUCUGACCUCGGACCUGGUAAUAUCAGGUCUCCUCUAACGAAAAAUAAGAGAUGGUGAUGGCUAAUUCGAGGAGAGAUAUUGAUAACUUUCUAAUUACAUGUCAGGUCCUAUCUCUGUCGAUUCAGACUGGCCAAGUAAUUGCUAGGUUUAUUUGGUCCUAAACCUCAGACCUAGACAUUCUAGUUUUAAAACUAAACUAUUUUAUUACUGGUUCCUAACAUUUAAACGUCAUAUAAAAAAAUUGCAAGUUUUUAAUGAUUUUGAAUCACUGGGUCUUAAAACUCGGCCUGAGUGAUGGCCACUGGUAGUUUUUGAGCUAAAGUAUAAAUUACUAGGUCAAGAAAGUCUGAAUCAUUGAAUAUUGCCAGCCCAAAUCUGUCAAACUGUCACAGCUGAACUAUUUUAAAAUACGGGUCUUUAGUUUCUCCUUUGUUUACUGGGCGCUGAAUUAUAGUCAUUCAGUUCUGGCUGAAUUUGAAAUACUGGGUCGUUAAAUGCAUUCCUGUUUAAUAGCUGUUUAAUCAAGGUCAAACUAUUAAUUACAUGGAAAUCUAUUGCCAUUAAAGUCUAUAUUUGCGAAAUUUACAUAAUGUAAGACCAAUGUGUAUAUUUUAGUCAAGUGUAGAGCCGGGAAUUACUGGGUUUAAACUAGUUCAGACUAGAUUCCAAUGUGUUCAAGAUUUAGAUCAUUUUAGUAAAAUACAUGUAGGACACAAUGAUGCAAUUCUGUUUCCUUUUGUUCAGUUGCAGCAGUAAAGUAGGAUAUAUUGCAACAUCGUUAAGACUCAUUUUAAAAGCAAUUAAAAGCUUGGCUGUAUGUUUUAAAUUCCUAAAAUGGUGUCUGCCUAAAAGGAGGUGCUAGGCGAAUUGGUGUCAGGCUGGCACUUAGUAAUGCAUGGUUACAGAUCUCCUGUAUAGAGGGCAGUCCUGUGAUAUCAGUCUGCACAUGAACUUUACUGUUUGAGUUCAAGAGGUGUUGCAUACCUGUGGCGCCCCCUACAGAGGAGCUUUGAACUAUCAUUAGUGCCGUCCUGUCCCCGACUCCUGUUGCUCCUCCUUCAAAUUAAAACAAAAAAUACUGAUGCAUUAUGGGACAGGGUACUUGACUGUCAGAUUCACAAAUACGAAUAUGCCUUAGAUUCAUGUUGGAUUUAAAUGCUACUAUAGCAAUAACUUAACAAUGUCGUUCUGAUUUGAAUUUUUUUCCAGAUGGAGAUUCAGGAGAGAAACUAAAGUCACAGCAAUAACCCAUCUUUUAAUGGUUUUAGUGAGCUUUAAUAAGUAUAGUCCUGGAAAUAUGAUGACAUAAGUCCGCUUUCUCCGCUCCUGUUGGUUUGCAUCAAACCGGUCCAACUGCACAAUGUCAAUGAUCUGUUCGUGUCCUCGGGUUAUGAUCUUGAGUAUCUGAAAAAAUAUUUUAAACGUGGACAGUUAUGCAUCGAGUUGAUGACUGGUUCCGCAAUGGUCAGGGGAAACUGUUCCGCUUCGACAGUUUCCCGCAUUUCAUACAUUCAAAUUGAUUGAAGUUGAUUGACGUGUGUACAGGGAAAAUCCAGUGAUGUCUAUUACAGACUUCACAUUAUAGACAUUUGAUUGAUGUCCAUCAAACUUCUAAAAUAGUACCUAUUGGACCUCAACUAGUUUUAGACAUCAGAACUUCAUCAAAAAAUCUUUUUUUUAAAAUUUUGUGAUAAAAGAAAGAACAACAAAAAUGUGUUUUUUACAUCUGUCUAACAAGAUGUCUAAUAGAUAACAGAUUUUUCCUGUGUAUUAUUUUUUCCCUUGUUGAUCCUCGCAGCUUGGACUGAUGCUAAAGGCGAUAGUAAUGAAGUUUCUCGCAAAGAUUGAAGUUAAACAACAGUAGCUGAACCUUGUAGUGCAUUUCUGUGGAAUGUUAAUGCUACAUGUAUUGCGUUUAGAUGGGUAUGGUACAGUGUUGGUCAAAAUUAACAUCCCUUUUCACAAGCCACUGUGAUACUCCACCCAGGUUCAAGGAUAAAAAAUAAGGUUAAUGAUAUCCUCAGCAACUCAAAACUGCGAUCUUGUUUUAUUGACAAACUUUCAAAUUGUUCUUUGGAUACAGCAGCACACAAAUGCACUGCAAAAGUACAGCAACUGUAAAUAUUCGGGUAUAAAUAUUUACGGCCAUUGUCCCUUUAAGUCUUGUUUGUAUAUAAUAGUCAUGUGAUGCACAGAUCUGAGUGCCAAAAUAAUGUUAAUAAAUCCCGAUUCGGAACAGUGAUAUGGUGGUUGGAAAUAUUCUUAACGGCUUCGAGGAAGAUUAAUGUCCCUUUUAUUUAACGCUUUGUAAAUGGUAAUUUCGUUGUUUCAUGAUAUUUUGACCCGGGAGAAUAUGUUAAUUGCUCUCUUAUUAUUAUUAUAUGUCAUCGGUUGACCCAAAGUUUUUGAUAAAGUUGUGGUAAAUAUGUAUAUUAUUAUUCUGGAACCGGUUUCAUUAGAUUUUAACAUGUAUGCUAUAAUGUGAAAGAGGGUGCACUUUGGAGACGGAGGGAGCACCUCGGAGAAAGAGGCUGCACCUCAGAGACAGAGGGUCCAUCAGAGAAAGAGGGUGCACUUUGAAGACAGAGGGGGCACUGCAGAGACAGAGGGAGCACCUCAGAGACAGAGGGAGCACCUCAGAGACAGAGGGGCCCUCAGAGAAAGAGGGUGCACCUCAGAGAAAGAGGGGCCCUCAGAGAAAGAUGGUGCACCUCAGAGACAAGAGUGGCCCUCAGAGAAAGAGGGUGCACCUCAGACACAGAGGGGCCCUCAGAGAAAGAGGGAGCACCUCAGAGAAAGAGGGAGCACCUCAGAGAAAGAGGGUGCACCUUUGACAAAAAGUGGUGACUUAGUGAGGGGGUAGCUUCAGGAAAGAAGGGGCACUACAGAGAAAGAGGAGGCAUCUUGGAGAAAGAGGGUGACCAGGUGAGGGGUCACCUCAGAGAAAGUGAAGUUUUCUAACUAAGGUUAUAGGCACAGGUCAUUGCUCUAGCCCCUGGAUCUGCAGCUGAUCAUGAUAAGUGUACAAUACAAUGUAGGCCUAAUGAAACAGGCUCCAGACCAUAAUUUUUUUGAUAAUUCUCCGGGGACUUCAAGUCAGCCCAAUUGUUUUCAGUAACUAGAACAAUAUUUCCAGACUUUGUGAUAUCCGGUUAUGUAUGCGCAUAAGUAUCUUGGUUAGCUGUAAUGCUUUUCAAUGCAUUGACACUAGUGUAAUGCACAACAUUUGUGCUAUUUCUCCGUAAAAUCAUUUUUGGUGUCAAUUGCGAUUUGGACUGCAUGCAUAAUCAGAUACAAAAUCUGGAAAUUUUGUUUCGACUUCUUCCGACUGUGGGGUUGAUUCAAAGUCCUCCAAGGAGAAGUGUCUUUGUACAUAUAAAUCUUUGUUUCAUGGUUUAUGCAAGGCUCCUUAUUGUGUUGUAUUAAAGACAGCACAGAGAGUAACACAUCAGCAGAGAGUGAAAAGACUAGACUAUUGUACAUUUUAUCGCUACGUGACUCAGUUUCCCUUAUCUUGUUUCAUUUGCUUAAUAAUAGCGCAUGACAACUUUUUCAUGUCGAAUAUGUCACUUUUCUAAGGAAGAUUGUGUAAACUAACUGCAUAAUUACCGAUCAUUAUCCACUAUUCUCAUUGUCUUGAUGUUCGUUUCCAUUUUUGAUACUUAACGUGAUGUCCCGCGUUCGUCGGGCUCACUCUACGGAUUGGUGUAAUAGAGAAAUAGUAGUUUUCAAUUGAAAUCAAAUGGACUCGGCGCUGCAUAUUUGUGGCCUCGAGGUCCAAAAAUUGGCAGACAUUUUUUUGGAUGGAUAUUACGUGGUCCAUGGCAUGUACGGUAAUUACAGGUGUAUUUUUCUAUCGUAGAGUAAUUUGUACUAUUGUAGGAAGAUGUCACUUUCAGCAUCGUAACUCUUCAUACUGCACGAAAUCAGGAGAAACUAUUAAGAUGUAUGUUAUGUUAACGUGUUCAAAAUUUUAUAUGCUAUUAUUCAAUAUAAGUGGCAAAUGGGCUAAUGUAUGGAGUUAGUGUGUUUAAUACAUUUUUGUACAUACUAUGGUGCCUGUCUCAUCCAAAAAGUGUCUGCCUUGACAUCGGUUUGUGUGGCUCCAAUAAAAAUUUGGCGAUUCUGAAAUAAUCAAUGCUCAAUUAACCUCAGUUGUCACUGCAGACAUUUGCCAAAAGAGCCUGAACAUAUCUCAAUCACGUUCAGAAAUAUGAAUUGAAAUGUACAUUGUAUCAAAGACCUAACUCAGUGGUGUUAAUUUCAGUUCUAUAUAUACAAACCACAGAUACAACUCGAUCACGCCACCUAUAUUUCAAUCAAAAAAUCAAGACCGCUGCCGCAAAAUCAAGGCACUGUACAUUCUUCAUGCGAAUCUAUGCUACAAUGCAUUUGAGGUGCAUUUAGGAGUACUGUCCAGUACACUUUACGCCCCCCCCCUUUGCACACGGCUGCUAUAAUACAGGAUAUGAAGCCAACACAUAGCAGGCCUUCUAACAACCAUUUGCUGUCUAGCAUCUCAGAGCAGUAUUUAAUAAGCAGUAGAGUCUUUUAAAUUCCCAGCAACGGAAUUCACCCUGAUUUGAAUGGAGUCACACAAACCUUAAUUUAGCGAUGAAUAUUUCCUUAUUGGUCAUUAUUUCUUAAAAAGAGCGAUUUUCAAGAUCUAUUCAUGUAAGUGUGAAGUUUCUUUUGUGAUGUAGGUCAUUUCUAGAGAAACGAAUGGUUACCAUGGAAACAGGAGCCCAACUAUACAGCAAAAAGUAUUUUUUGCAGGUUUUGUUUUUUUAAGGUUGAUUUUCAGUAUCCGUUAGUUCACACUUCUUUUCGUUUUGUGGCCAGGCUGUGUAAAGUCUUUGGAACGUAGAGUUUUAGGCAAAUUUAUCGAAUUUAUGUGUAUAAGAAGUGUCAGAAGUUUUUACUUCUUUCUUGUUCUGAAAAAUUAAAACCUUCGUCCUCCUUAAAAAAUGGUUCAGGCGCUCUCUGCAGUUUCAUUCAAGUCAUGCUUAAUAGGAUAUAUAGAAUUAAUCAGCAUAUAGUGAAUGGUCAUCCCUUUUAGCAAUCCUAUCAAAAUAUGAUUGUACAGGGUGUUAAAAAAUUGUCUUGGAACUUUCAAGUUUAAUAUUUUCUUCAAAAAGGAUUUUUUUUCUCAUGACAAUAUGCUAUUUCAUGAUCAUUUAUGACGUCUUUCCAAAAUUACCUGUGUGACAUAGAUAAUGAGUUCUUUUUGACAUGUAUUUCACCAGAUAGCUUCUCGUGUUCUUUUUCAUGAACUACGCACAGGGAACUGCAUCACAAAAGAUUGCUUUUAAGGAACAUUAUUCAGCUUUAAAACUGCCAAGACAAUUUUUAACACCCUGUAGCAAUAGCAGCGCUGUUUUCCAUGUUGCCUUAGUCAAUAACACAAAAAUUGUAAAAAAUUCAUAUAAUAUCAUACCUUGUGUCUAAAACCGAAGUGAAAUCCAUAUUUAUCUAUAUUCUCUCAAUAAUUACUGCCCUGGUCUACAUGUAUGAUCACUGCGACAUUUAGUUAAAAUGUGAGAUUUGGACCUACAUGUAUCAGGUGGAUUUUAAAACCCCAUUCAUAUGCAAUUUAGAAUACUGUUUCAAAAGCGGUCUUGAGUAUUAAAGCGGGACUAUAGGCAGGAGCUAAGGGGUCUAAUGAGAUCUUCAGGACUGGUGACUAAUAUGCAGUGGGGGUCUUGGUCUUGUGGACCUCGGUAAUAUAUUCCUAGUACCAGCGUGAAAUUAGUGUUGAUGACCACAGUGAGAUAGGAGAGAGCUAUAUUGCCACUUCAUGUAGCUUCUUCAUCAACAUAAGAUACGGCCAAUGGCCUGUUGGCAUAUGAGCUUAUCUACUUUGGCUCCUUCUUAAUAGUAUCCCUUACAUAAUGGUUUUCAGUUAAGUGCAAACUAUGCUGGGAUAAUCCUUUCAUCAUUCCUUUAAUUUUUUGGUGGGAAAUGAUUUGUGAAAAAAUUCACAGACAGACUAGUAGGGCGCACGGAAUUUUGUUUUGUUCAUGAUAUUUAACCCUUUGGUGCAAACUACCAUAGUUAACAAUACAAAAAAUGCAAAAAGUUAACAAUAGAAAAUGCUGAUGUGAUGCACAAAUCUGUCACCAUUCUAGCAGGAUAAUAUUUACAAGGCCGGCUCAUUGAGAAAGGGAAAAUUGUAAUCAAAUCUGCCUGUCUACUCUAAAGCAGCGUCGUCAUGGUGAAGGUUCUAACAUGGUCAAAAUAUUGCCAAAUAUUAUACAAUUUUAUGUAUGAGUAGUUCUCUCAUGAUUAUGUCAAUAUAGUAUGUACCGACUUAACAGGACAAAUGAGCAUAAAUGUGUAUUUUUAACAACCAGCUGAAUUUCCCAUCUAUAAUUCUGUAGCGGUCCGGUAUCCUCCUUGAAAAUUAAUUGGAUCUUAGUAGAUUCACUCACAAAACUUCCAAACUCUUGCCUUAGAAUCACAUAUUUUACUAACUAAUUCUUGAAAUGGGAAAAAUAGUACUAAUCAAAUAUUUUGUGAUUAAAAUAUUGGAUUGUGUCAAGAGUGAAUAAAGAUUAUUCUUUAUUUAACUUUGAUUGUACAUGUAUGUAGAUUUCAACUCAUCAACUGUUAAUUUUACAAAAUAUUUAAAAGGGUUUUAGUGGUGGAUGAAGACAGGUGACUGACAACGUCAUAGGGAAUAAUUUGUAUGAACUCGUACAGGGUGUCCCAAAAGGACUAAAACAAGUCUAAGUGGAUUUUAUCAAAAUCAAAUAUUAUUUAUCCCUAUAUUAAACUCCUUGGUUGGUUGUUCCUGACAAACAACCAAAAUGGCAGCACUGUGCUCAACGCAAUGCACACCUCGUCCCUAAGAUUGGGUAAUGCUAGCUAUUUUAAAAGGAAGUGACUACUUGGCAAGCCCGGCUUACCAAACAGCGACUUUUUCUUGUCCUGAAUGGAGAGCCGAACUCAUUAAUAUUAAAGUAAAGUCUCCAGCUCGCCAAACAGGGUAGAUUUUUUACCUGUAUGGCAAGCCCGGCUGGCCGAACAGGGUGGCUUUUUAGUGCUGUUUGGCAAGCGGCUCUCCAAACAGGACAAAAAAAGAUGCAUGUUCGGCGAGCGGCUUGCCAAAUAGACCCGGCCAUUUUAAAAUGACACUUUUUCAAAGCCAAGUUAGGAUCUAGGCCACCAAGUCUAUACCGGGUGCAUGCCAGGGGUACAGUACACUUCAAAAACCCCUUCGGUGUCUUCACGGCCUGAGGUGUGACAGAAGAGCCAGAUGUCCAACGACAGUGGAACCUCUCUAAUAAGGACACCUUUGAGAGCGACUUGUACUGUUAAUGGUAAGAUGUGUCUGGAUUACAGAGGCCAAAUUCAAUUGAAAUGACCAACUCCUGACCAAAAUAGGUGUCCAUCAUAGAGAAGGUGUCCUGCUAAGAGAGGUGUCAGGUAAGGGAGGUUGCUAUGUGAAUGAUCGAAAGAAUACUUUCCCAGUCAAGGUUGGCAUCGUGUUGACUUCCUUUAAUGAUUGUUAAUAAAAACUGUAAGUUCAUUUCGGGACACCCUGUAAUGUAAUUGUCUUAAUAAUUCUGUCAUGCUGUGGGCUCCUGUCUAACCGUCGGACUAUUUUAAGUAAAUUUUGAAACGGUCGUUUUGUAACAUAAGAUGAUUUAAGUGAACAUAUUGGAAAUCUGUAGGUUGGGUUUAGUUUUUACCUUGGUUUAAUUUGCAUAAAAGGUGAAAUAAAAAUAUUAUUUAUUGAUUAA